AUGGUAGACAUGCUUGGUGAUAAUAAAAAUAUUUUAUAUCAAGUAUUGGCUGCCUAUCGACGUUGCUAUAAAGUAUGGUAUACGAUCGUACCUAUUAUUCUUGGUAUAUUCUCGUUGCUUAGUCUUGGUUUGCUCAUUUUUUUAAUUCUAAGACUGACUAGUAUUAAGCCAAGUUCGACAAUAGCAUGCAUUAUUGGCAUAGUUGUAACUGGUAUUUCUUUUUUUACUUCAACAAUAAGUACUAUUCGUUUGCUGAAUAGACAUGAAUAUUAUUAUCGUCAGUUGAAUUUAAUUUUUGAUCAAACAACAGGACCAAUUGUAUGGCGACUCGAUGGAAACGAAUGGAUUACAUAUUUAGAAUAUGUUUUCGGACCUAAUCGUUCAUCUCAAUUUGCCGAAAUAUUUUCAUCAUGGUUUUGUCGUCGUAAAAAAUUUGCUCGACUUGUUACUCGAGGUUAUGGUUAUAUAAUUUUUAUUGAAAAUGCUAUUAUUAUAGAUGAAUUGUUUAUCUAUGAUUUAAAUCACAUAUUAAUCAACGGUAGCCAACUUAUUACUUUUGCAAAUCAACAACUUGUACUUCGUAUUUAUUUUUUACCAAAUAUUGUUUUUAAGAGUAGAAACAAUAUCCAUAAUGAUAUUGAUACUAUGUGUCGACAAGUUGAUCUCUUUGUACCAAAAGUAUUGCGAGAACCAGAAGAACGAUUAGAGCAAAUGACCGAAAUAAUAAAUACACAAUCGAACAAUAACCAAAAUGCUAUUUAUAAUUUUAUCAAAAUUCGUGAUUUAUUUCGAUCGUCCAUCAAAUAA